UGAUAGCAUAACUCAUGGCUCCAAGCACUAGCUAUUUGGCGAUGGCGAUGACUGUUUAGAAAACAUAAUCAUGGGGUAACGUGAUUCAGGGGCAGUCAGGUCACAUGGAGUGCUGCUUCCUUUCAUUCCGCUUGUCUCGGCUUUUCCGGUGUGAGGGGAGAAAAAAAGUACCUUUUCUCUUUUUUUUUUUUCUUUUCUUUUCUUUUCUUUUUUUUGCCUUUUGUAUUCAGGUUGGUAUCUAUUGUUUAGCUUGUCCCGCCAUCGAGGUUUUGCGUCGCGUGGAAUUGUACACCCUGUCCCGCGGACUCGUGGUCUUGAUCCACUAGGGACAUGUGAAGGGGUAUCACAAUAUGUGGAGGUAAAAGAAAAGGUUCAUAUUUUGGGAAAGAGGGGAAAGG